GUGAAUUACGGUCACAGUUUUGUAUCUCAAAUUUUCAGCCUUCUGAUUGGCUAGAGAUGCAGUACGGGUUGUGGUGUACGUAACGUCCGUGAAAGUAAAAAGGCAAACAAAGAUGGCAGAAAAGAUGUAGCGUAUCUGCAAAAUUCCACUGGCAUCAGGCACAAAAAACGCGAAGUAAGCCGUCUAUAGCUAACACACCUGAAGAUAGGAAUUCUAACAUCAGGCACCAGUAGGUAUGUGUGAAUAUGCAGUUCGUGAUGGAAUUUAUUGAUUACAACCCGAUUGUAAGAAAAACAACCGAUUAAAACGUUAUGAUGGAAGAACAGCAAAAUAGCAUAUUAUAAACAUGAAAGUCGUUUUUGUUCUAUGGUAAUAGUUGUUGUGAUUGUUAUAAAUAUAUAUAUAUAAAAAUGAGUAAAAUUUGAAAAACCAGAAAAAGACGAUUGCUGUAAUAAUAUCUCCUAUAUAAUUUGAAAAAAGUCCGUCUGGGUGUGAGGCAAGGUAAAUUAUAUUUUCUACAAUUUUCUUUGCCUAAAGAAACAUCUUCUAAAACUAUGUUCUGUAUUUUGAAACUUCUUUAAUUGUCUAAAACAAAUCACAUGAUAAAAGGAAAUAAUUUCAUUAGCUGGGAAUUUUGGCAGUUUUACCCUAAUUUAAAUUUGCUAAAGGUUUUUUAAAAUGGACUCUUAUUAUACGAAUUUAUGUUUUGCGUUUGAAUGACGUUUUUAUAUGUCGAAUAUCCCAAAUAGAAAUUACUAUCUGCAAGGAAUCUUUUUACUCCUUGAUGGUUACUCAUGUUUCUAAUCAAAUAUUGGUAGAGCUUAGAGAUAUUUUAUAAUUUUGUUGUUUUGUACAACCUAUACUCAAUUUAUUUUGUUUUGUAAUUAUCUAAAAAAUAGAAAGUAACGAGCUAACUAUUGAAGACUGUUUACUUUUUGUUCUCAUUUUCUUGUAAUUUGAGUUAUUGUCGUGAGUUUUGUGAAAAAUAAUACCUUAAAAUUUUGUUUUAUGGUAAAGAAAUAUUGUACACGAAUUCGUUUUUUUAUUCUUAACACCAGCAGGUUUAAUGUAGUUAUAUUUCCGUUUAUUAAUUCGACCUGUUAUCCCCUUUCACAGAUAUAGUUAUUUUUUUAAUUUCAUAGUUAGUAAGUUAAGUAUGGACGCCAUAAGUACGGAUGAAGUAGAAUAUAAUGCAAUGCUGACAUCAUUAGAAGAAGUUCCAGAGGUGUUAGUUAAAGACAUGGAGGUUGCUUCCAAUGUUAUUAUUGACAGUGGUUUAGAAGAUACUAAUUUCAGUAUCACGUCAACAGAUCUUGCCAACUCGUCCUAUUCAGUGGAGGCAGAGACAGAUAAAAAGAAAAUCGCAUUGGCAAAUUUAAAUAAAUGCCACGAAGCGUUAGAUUUGGAGACUUCAAUAACAACGGCAAUGCUUUCAUCUUGUUUUAAAGCGAGCAACGCGAUAAUAAAAGCAGAGGACACUUGCUUGACAAUGACAGCAUCUGGUUAUUAUGAUGAUGUGUUUUAUUGCUCUGUUUUGCAAAUAGAAGUAGAGUUUAUGUGUGCCGCCUUUUUGAAUCUGGUGGAUUUCAAGGGUAUUUUCAUAACGAAGGGCAGUGUUUUAUUCAGCAACGCUUAGGUUUAACGAAUGACCUGUUACCCUACCAUGUCUAUACAAUGGAUGAUGUCAACAUGGAAAAAAUCAGAUCUAUAAAAUUAUACCAAACAAUGCGCAAUUCUGGUAAUUCGUAUUAAGUAAUCGUUAUUAUAAUCUGGUAGAAGAGUGUUUUAAAUUUAAGCUAGAAUAAAAGAAAGUUGCAAGGCUUUUUUUAUUUCCCAAUCCAUUUUAGAAGUUGAUGUAUCGCUGCAGUUUCUGCGUAUCUUGGACGAAUGUGCUUUUCUUAACGCAUCAUACUUUCCAAUAACCAAGUUGCGAUUGCUUUGUCAGAUUAUUGAAAUUAGAAACAAACUUUUGCUCUCGUAAAUUAUAAUUUAAAGAGCCGUAUCUUUAUUUCUUUAGAAAAUUGCAACGAAAAAAAGAAGAAUGUAACUUCAAGGAAUAUAAAAGGCAACAAAAAUAGUUUUUACAAUACUAUGAGCUCGAUUAUGCCAACCAUACAAUCAGAAAAAGUGAAAUGUCUAUUUGUUUUUGGUAUUACGUUGCACAACAGCCAAAAGUUUGAGGCAAAUGAAAAUAAAAUUGAGAAUCGGUACGUAUGUAACCUUGCGCGCAUGCGAUGAAAUGAUUAUACUGAAUUAUCCUUCUGUUUCCUAUUAUUUCUGUGUUUUUUUUUUUGUAUUUUAGUCACGUUAUAUGCGAUAAUAAAGAAAUUUGUUCAACACUCCAACCUCAAAUUGUCAAAUAUCGUUCCAAGUCAACAUUUUCACAAAGCAUACGGAGAUGUCUCCUUCAGCAAUAUCCCUCUGUGAUUUCUCUGAACGAUCAGUUUUCUAUUAUUUCAUCUUUAUCAAACCACCAUCGGUGGGACUGGCCUGCUAGUUCCUUACAAUUGAAGUAUGAACAACGGUUUUCCACAUCUAUGAAGUACUAUCCCGGGUCACCAAGAAACCGGAUCAUACAAGCAUGGUGUUACAGAAAUGACCCAGGAAAUAUAAUUGACGCGUGCCUGAACAAUUUGUUCGGUUCCAAAUGCGAAAUUCCGUAUUCAAAAAAGAGGUCUGGAGAACCUUAUCGGAAACGAUAUCCUGUUGCAGUAAGGUCAAAACAAGCGGCAACUAUAACACCAGCCAUUUAUCCAAACUUGGCAGAUGAUUGCGGAACAAAUCUUUAUAAAUAUUUCUGUGGUGAAUUAUUCCGUCAUAACCGUCUUCACUAGAGAUUAAGAAACGAAAAUAAACAAGUUGUUGCUAUGGGUGGUUACGACAUCUACAGUGGAGACUUUAUGGUAACCUUUUCUUUCUCUUAACGUUCAAAUUAAUUUCAAUUUGUUUAAAUUUAGCUGUUUUCAACUCUCUAUGUAAUCGCUAUGUACAUUUUUCAGCUUCUUGCAAUCAUUACAUAACAAUAUACGCCAGACAUAGACGGACGGUAACAACAGACACGGUUACGAGCUAUUAAUUUUUUUCCAACUUUUAUUUAUACUGAUUUUUUGCCUUAAAAUGUUCUCCAUCUAUAAAUAACAUUUUAAUGUCCGUUAUAUUUCUCGAAUUUUUAGAAU